CUAGACGUCAAAAAGUGUAAACAGUACGCUUCGAUUUCGAUUGUAUUCAAGUCGGUUCCGCAGAAAACAGCGAAAUUUCCCAUCAAAUCCUUUCAAUUCCACCUGAAAAAUGACCUUUGAUGCAGCCACUCACGAUGACGGACCCGGAUUUGUGGGCAUCCGCUUCUGUCAGGAAUGCAACAACAUGUUAUACCCGAAAGAAGACAAAGAAAACAAGGUUCUGCUUUACGCCUGCCGGAACUGCGACUACAAACAGGAAGCCGACUCCAAUUGCAUUUACGUGAACAAAAUUAUGCACGAAAUUGACGAAUUGACCCACAUCGUACCGGACGUGAUAUCGGACCCGACGCUGCCCCGGACGGAAGAACAUGCCUGCCCCAAGUGCACCCACCGGGAAGCGGUAUUUUUCCAGGCACAGACCCGACGAGCUGAAGAAGAAAUGAGACUGUACUAUGUGUGUACCAAUCCCGGAUGUUGCCACCGUUGGACUGAGUAAGGGAAGUGACUAAAGGCUAACGGGAUGAAUAGGCAGUUGAUGACGAUGGUGGUUAAAAUGGUCCAUCAUUUCGAUGUGACGGGUCCAGAUGGAGAGCUACCAAUAACAAGACCAAGGUGAGCUGAUGGGAAAUUCAAAA